AUGCGCGUCCUGGCCGGGCUGCUCUGCAUAGUCACACAAGCCGUGACAGUGAAGGCCAACGUCGAGAAGACCAUCUUCCUCGGUCCCGGUCCCGUGACCCUUCCCAAUGUCCAUCCCAGCCUAGAAGACCUGCACCUACAUGUCCUGUCGCAUACGCAAACAAUUCUGCCCACGCAGCUGCCUGUGCAGUUUCCCUCCACGGCGGCCCCCCACGGCCUUGAGUCCUGGUACCUCUUGCAGCUCGAAGCAGGGCGAAGUGAACGAAUCCAGGAAUCAGACACCAAGAUAGCACGACCUCACGAGUUGGCUGACCCGACAGCUGCCCAAUCUCUACUCUUCCUCCGCAUCCAGGCUGCAGCAUCCUACUAUUCAACAAACCGCACGUUGAUGGUACACCCCGAGCCUGUCGAUGUGGAUAUCACACCCGGCGCACCGCCGCCACCACCACACCGGCCAUCUUUCAACGACCUCCCCGCCGAGCUCCUACUGAUGCUGUACGACAACAUCGGUAUGGAAGAGUUUAUCAACCUCGCGCUCGUCAUCUACCCGACCCUGUUGCGAAUGCGCCUGGUGCCCGAGCUCUCGCCGACCACGACCACACGCAUAGUAGCCGAUGCACGGGUACAGGAUCGAAAUGGACGUUUGGAUGCGCCUAACAGGAUGCCCGUAGAGUUGUGGUUGCAAGUCGCAAGCUAUCUCGAGCCGGCAAAUAGCUUGGCCCUGAUAUUCGCGCUCGGUCCUCGCUUCUGGCGCUUCCCUGGGACACCUAGUAAGGAGCUGGUGUCGUGGCUGCGUGUGUGGAGUCGGAGACGCAUCACAGAGUAA